GGUGCAAAAUUGGAAAGUCUACCAAAAUUACAUUUUCCUUAUUUUGUCCCAAAGUCAAAAUAGGAAGUGUUUAAAGGAACGGAGGGAGUAAUCAAUAAACUUACAUAUUUAAAAACUACAUCAAAUUCUACAAAAUAAGAGGUGAGAAAUAUAUUUUAUUUUCUAAAAUGAUCAAUGAAAAUGUGCAAACAAAAGAGAAAAAUGUUCAGCACAAAAUAUGGAACUUGCCACAGAAAUUCGAAGCCCAAAAUCCAAGGUCACACUCUUGAGACCUGCGCUCAUCGGAAAAUUCCACCGGAGAAGGAUAAUCAUAAGAGGGAGGCAUUCUCAGAGAAGGGUGCUAGGGACAACCAGGUACAGGCCAAAGAGGAUAAAAUUGGUGAACAAUGGCAACAGGUUGUUUCCAAAAAGGGUAAGGACAAAUUGCUAGUUAAUGGGGCAGGGAAGUUAGAAUGGCGGGCCAAACCUGCACCAAUUAUUCCUGCUUGGAAAGAAGGGCCAGGUGAGUCCUCCAAUAGCCAAGCAAAGCCUCCUGUCUCCCCUGGGACUCCCCAGGCCACCAUUAUUUUUCCUUAUGCAACCACAAAUACAAAUAAAGCAGAUCAUAAGAAGGCUGGGACCUACUCCAUUUCAGACCCCUAUAUCCUCUCAGCCUUUACUUUGCGUCAUCUUCAUGAAAACGUGGUUAGGGCUCCCAUUCUGUAUGAAGUCCCAGAUAUAAUUGACAAUAGCCUGGCCAUAGUCCCCUUUGAAGGAUUUGCUCUUCCAGAGGAUGAUGUACCAGACAUUGGUUUCUUCAAGGAGCCAGAAGAUAUUGACGAUCAACUAAAACAACUGGAUGCCCUCCUCUCCAGGGAGGACUUCCCUCCUUUAAAGGAUUCUAUCUCCCAGAGCCCCAAGGAUUUCAGCUCUCGAACUAAGGCAGUGAUUGAGGAUGAACAGAUCCUCUCUUGCUGCUUUAAUCAUCUUGGCUCCUCCUCUUCACUCUGGAUCUCUAGUGUUUAUGGUAGGCACACCAGGGCUGAUAGAGUUGGGCUUUGGAACUCUAUGAGAAACCUCCAUCCUAUUCAGGGCCCUUGGAUCAUUGGUGGGGACUUUAACACUGUGGCCUCCAUUAUUGAACACAAAGGGGCAGUCUGCCCUGACCUUGGUAGUAUGGAUGAUUUCAAUAAGGCCAUUGCUGAUUGUGACCUUAUCUCCCCUUCCUUUUUUGGUAGCCAAUUCACUUGGUUUGGUAAUAGGGGGAGAGGGAGAGUGUGUAGAAGACUUGAUAGAAUCCUUAUCAAUGAGGUUUGUUUGGAUCUGUUUCAUACUUUUGAAGUUAAACACCUGGGAAGGGGGAACUCUGACCACAGGCCAUUAUUUUUAAACUGUCUUCUUAGCUCAAGAUCUGGCCCAAAGCCUUUCAAAUUCCUGAAUGUCUGGAACUCCCAUCCUACUUAUAGAAACCUUCUUAUUUCCUCUUGGGACAAAACCUAUCAUGGUGGGGGUAUGAGAGGGUUAGUUUGCAAGCUUUCAAACUUCAAAGCCACCCUUCUCACUUGGAAUAAAGAAACAUUUGGGAACCUCUUCCAGGAUGUUAAAGAUGCUGAAAAACGGGCAGAACAAGCAGAAGAAAAACUUGAACAAGAGAACUCACAAAUAAAUCUACUGGAAUUCAAACUUGCCACAGCCCUACUCCAACAAGCCCUAAAAAAAGAGGAGAGUUUUUGGGCUCAAAAGGCAAAUAUAAGGUGGAUCUCACAAGGGGAUGCCUCUACAGCUUUCUUUCACUCUUUUGUUAAAGGAAGGAGGCAUAGAUUGUGUAUCUCCUCUCUUAAAGAUGAUAAUGGGAAAUUGCACAAUACAUUGGAGGGGAUCUCUAAAGUGGCAGUGGACCACUACUCAAGGGUUUUCUCCACUGUUCAUGAGGGGGAUAUGGGACAAAUCCUAGAUCACAUCCCUAACUGUGUAUCUCCCCAGGACAACAGUUUGCUCAGGUCAAUCCCAGAUGAGGAGGAAAUCAGGAGAACAAUUUGGUCCUUAAAUGCCAAUAGCACUGCUGGUCCAGAUGGUUUUAAUGGUUUUUUCUUUAGGGAUUCCUGGGAUAUUAUCAAAAUUGAUGUUUGUAGGGCAGUUCAGGAAUUCUUUGUGGGCAUCCCGAUGCCAAAAGCUUUUGGCAGCACUCUUAUUACCCUGAUCCCUAAGCAGGAAGGCUCCAUUACCUUGGACCAGUUUCGUCCCAUCUCCUUGUCAACCUUCUUUAGCAAAAUCAUUUCGAGGCUGUUAAGUGAGAGGCUCAAAACAAUCAUUCCUAAACUAAUCUCCCAGGAACAAGCAGCAUUCCAGGUUGGUAAAAACAUUACUGAACAUGUUCUCAUGGUAAAAGAAAUGGUCCACAUUCUCUCAGCUAAAGGGAGGGGGGGAAACUGCAUCAUUAAGCUGGAUUUAUCAAAGGCUUUUGACAAACUCUCCUGGACUUAUUUGGAUGCUGUGCUAACCAAAUUUGGUUUUAGCCCACCUGUUGUUCAUCUUUUAAUGGGUAACCUUAGGGAAACUCACUUCUCUGUAUUGGUAAAUGGCCAGCCACAGGGUUUUUUCUCCAUGAAAUGUAGAGUUAAGCAGGGAGACCCCCUAUCCCCUCUUCUCUUCAUCAUUGCCUUGGAAGGUCUGUCCAGGUUCUUAAAUCAUCAAUUCUCCCUAGGAUAUAUUUCACAAUUCUCAGCUGGAAGAAACUUCACACCAUGCCAUGUUCUUUAUGCUGAUGACAUCAUCCUUUUCACCAAAGCAGACAGCAGGAAUCUAUUGAGACUUAGGGAACUUCUUUCCCUUUUCAUGAAGGCAUCAGGACAGGAAAUAAAUUACUCUAAAAGCCAAGUUAUAGUACAUGAAAGAAUGAAGGCAGAGCAGCAAAACCAGAUCAGAAAAAUCCUAUCCAUCAGGUGUCACACAAAGGAAUUUACCUACCUUGGUUCUAAUAUUGUCAAGGGUAAACUGAGGAAGGUUCACUGUAAGACAUUGGUUGAAAAAUUUGAGAAAAAAAUAAAUGCUUGGUACAGCAAGAAGCUCAAUCAGAUGGGGAGGCUCAUUCUCAUCAAACACGUGCUAUCCUCAAUUCCUUUACAUCUUAUGGCUGCACAAAGAAUUCCAAAAUCAAUUCUCAAAAGUUUGAAUAGACUUAUGGCAAACUACUUCUGGGGAAUAAACGAAGAAGGUCCUAAGUAUCACUGGAGAAAAUGGGAAAAAUUCUGUUUUCCAUUCGAGGAAGGAGGCUUGGGACUUAGAAACCUCCUCAAUAGCCAGGAUGCAGCUUACAUAGACCUGUGGUGGAAGGUGGUUACUGGAAAUUCUAUCUGGGGGAAAUUUAUGAAGUCUAAAUAUUUCAGAGAUGGACUCUUCUCCCCUAAGAUCUAUGACUCAUACACGUGGAAGGCUAUUUGCAAGAUCUCCCCUUUGGUCCUUCCACACUGCAGUUUUCAUGGUGAAGAUGUGGCAUGGCUAUCAGGGACAUACAGCUUCAAAACUGCCUACUCUCUCACGUUUGAACACAAGCCAAAAAUGUUUACUUCUGUUUGUAUCUGGGACAAGAGGCAAAUGGGAAAAAUCAGCAUCUUCCUUUGGCGGUUUUUAAACAAGUUGCUACCUUUCCCACAAAACCUUCAAAAAAUGGGAAUCAUGAUAAACACACCUUGUCCCUUCUGUGAUGAACCGGAUGUUGAUGAACAACAUAUCUUCGUAGGCUGCUCAAUGUACGAGAGAAGAAAAGAGGAGGGUGAUGCACUAGGGUUUGAGGGUGAUUUUAUUUCUGAUGAAUAUAAACCCGAAGUAAGCCGUGAUGUAGCCGCUAAAGAAGAUGUAGAUAAAGUAAAUGCAGAAACUGAGAAGAGAAGCAAGGAUUCUGAGGAUUUGCAAUCGAAGAAAGGUCUUGAUUCCACGAUCAACGACAAUGAAUAAAAAACAAUCAAUCUGAUAUGUUUAAGUAGAAUAGAUUUUGAUUUUUGGGAGUGCACUAUGCUAUCAGAGAAAAUUGGGUGUGCUUUUAAAUUUGUUGUGACCUUUUGAGAAUGCAUUUUGGGAAUUUUCCAAGUAUCAUUCAAUCUAUAAAGCUCUAUCAUGUAU